AUGGAUUUAUUAAGUUAUAUCCAUUUUAUAAUAUUUUCAGCAAUAUUUGCAUUAUUUAUAAUGUAUUUAUUAUUUUUAUCAUCAAUUACAUUUGGAUUUGUAGUUAGUAAAUUAUUAUCAACCUUUGUAAUGCCAAAAGAGACAUUUAUUCGAAUCAAUGCAUUUCAAAUUUCAUUUCUAUCUGGUAAGAUAGUUUUCAAAGGUUUAAAAAUGGCAACGAAAAACACAUGUAUCAGAGUUGUAGAAGGUUCAAUUACAUUCAGAUAUUGGUUACGUAAAACUAGACAAUCACAAUUUGUACAUGAUCAAUCACCAAGUAGAAUAGGUAUAGAAUUAUCUGGUAUGGAAUACCUAGUAUAUAACAAUAGUUACAAAUAUGAUACAAUUCAAGAAAUUUUAAAAAAGAAAGAACAACAACAACAAUCUAAAAAUAAUAAUAAUAAUAAUACUAAUAAUAAUAAUAAUACAAAUAUAAAUUUAAAUGAUAUUUUAAAUGACCCAAAUAAAACAUCUGCAAAUGAUUUAAAUAAUAUAAUAAAUAAUGAAUUAAAUUCUAAAAAUAGCGAUAAUAAUAAUAAUAAUAAUGAGAUAAAAGAUGGAAAUGGUGGUGGUGGUAGUGGUGGUGGUGAAAGUUCAUCAUCAUCAUCCACAAUAAUUGAAGGUGCAGAUGAAAAACAAGAUGAAUUACCACCAUUACCAGCAGUAAAAGAUUUUGUAUUACCAAUUUUUUAUAGAAUGUUUUCAGCGAUUUCAUUUACAAUUAGAAAAGGUUGUGUAAUGUUAUCAAAUCCAGAGUUACCAACGAUUCUUGUAGUUUUAUUCGAUAAAUCAACAGGACUUUAUACAACAGAUUCGGCAAAUGUUAUAGAUUUCGAUUACUAUAGACAAGUUGCAAAUAUGGAUUUAAUUAAUAUGAAAAUGAAUUUAAUUCCAAAUAAAGAUUAUAAUGGUAAUGAAGAAUUAUAUGUUGAUAGACCACAAAAAGAAGAUUUUGUAUCAUAUGCAUUUGAAAGUUUUAAAUCAGUUUAUAAAGAUAUUAAAUUUACAUUUAUGAAUACAGAUGAAAAUUUUGAAACUAGUGAUUUACCAAGAAGGAAAUUAGAAGAGGAACAAAGUAAAAAGAGAGAAGCAAGUUAUGAUUAUGGUAAGAGUACAACUGACGAUAUGAUAAAAUGUCCAUCGGUUCAUUUAAGUUAUUAUUGUGAUGUACCAGGACCAGUUCAAGCUGGACAAGAUCAUCAAAUAUUUAAAGAAUUCUCAGCACCACAAUGGGGGGCAGAAAUUAAUUUCAAUUCAGGUACGAUAGUUUAUGGUCCAUGGUCAGAUAGAAAUAGAGUAUUAUUACAAAAAUUCUUUUUACCAAUGGAUUAUGAAACUAGAAAAAUCUAUAAACCAAUCGUUGGUCAGCCAAGACAAUAUGCAAACUUUAAGACUGUUAUUAAUUUCUCAAAGAAUACAACAUUUAGAAUACCAUUUAGAGAAUUAUCAAAAGAUGUAUCGUUAAGUAAUGAAGAGAUUGCUCAAAAGAAACCAGGUUGGAUCGAUAUUAAAUUGGAUGAAAUCUCAACUAUAACUUGUAUUUCACCAAUGAUUAUCUAUAAACAAGAUGGGUCGAGUAGGAUGGAAUUGAAUGUGGCUUUGAAUAAAUGUAACAUUUCAACAAGUUUAACAAAUACAAGUUUUUUACAAGCAAAUUAUUUUAAAUUCCUAUUUGAAAUCGAUUAUCCAUUGGUAUGGAAUCAUCAUACAGUUUGGAAUGCUAAAUUCGAUAUUGGAUCACCUCAAAUCUUUUUAUUAUCAGAUGUAAUUACACUUUUCAAAGAUUUAGGUAACGAUUGGUCAGCUGGUGAACCUGUCGAUAUUACAAUGUUUAUACCAAAAACUUUUACAUUAUCUUUUCAAUUAACAAAUUUUAAACUCUAUUGUAAUGUAAAUGAACAAAACAUUGUAAAUAUUCCAAAUAAUUUAGAAGAGAAUGCUCAUUACGUUUUCACAGGUCCACAUCUUCAAGCAAAUUUAUUAUUACCAUUCAAUAGUUUUCAAUCUGCAAAAACUGAAAUAUCAUUUGAUGUCAAUGUUAAAAAAUUAUCUUUAAAAUUAAUUUUACCAAUUUAUAAUACAAUUAGACAACAUUUAGAAGAUAUUGAAUUUGAAUCAAAUGAAUUAAUUAAUAUUAAUUCACCAACUCCAAAUAACAGUAACAGUAAUAAUAAUAAUAAUGAAAAUAAUGAUAAUAAUGAAAAUUUUAAAUUUAAAUCAAUGUUUGGUGGUUCAUUAAUAAUGUCAAAUCAAAAUACUCAUGGUGCAAGUCAAUUUUUAUUUUGUGAUGAUUUUUCAUUGGAUGGUAAAUAUUUAUAUUAUCAAAAAGUUGAUCCAUCUUAUUUAAAUUCUGUAGUUUUAAAUAUAGUUGGUAAGAAUCCAACUGUUAAAUUAUUUGGUUUUUAUGUACGUUAUUUCUUAUUUUUAAAGAAUAAUUUCUUUGGUUAUACAAGUCAUAUUAUAAAUUUACAAAAAUAUAAAGAUAAUAUUUCAAAAGAAAAAGAACAACAACAACAACAAAAACCAACUAAAAUUUCAAAUAAUGAUGACGAAGAUGCUAGUAAUGAUUUAGAAAUUUAUGUUUCAGUUAAAUUACAAGAUGCAACAUUAUUAUUACCAAUGGGUUUAUAUAGUUCAAAACAAAAAGCAACUUUAGCAUUACAUGAAUUCCUAUUAGAAAUUAGAUAUUUACCAACUUAUUUAGAUUUAUAUACUGAUUUUAGUCCAAUGGUUUUAAAAAUUCCACUUAGUGAUAGUGAUUUAAAUACAAGUGGUAGUGGUGGUAAUAAUGAUAUUUUAGAUAGUGGUGGUAAUAAUAAUAAUAAUAACAAUAUUAAUGGUAAAUCAAAUUCAAAUAAUGAAUUAUUAAAUAGAUUUAUUCAAAUUAAUGAUUUUACAUUUAAAUUACAUUUUUUAUAUGGUUCAAAAUCAGCUGGGUUAGUGAAUUAUGCAGAUUUUAUAAAUGUUCAUAUUGGUACAAUCACUGGUAAUGUAAUGGUAUCACAAUUGACAAGUCUUGGAAUUUGGUUUGAAAACUUUUUCUUUCAUUUAGGUAAUAAAGAUAAUGCAUUGUCAACUAAAUUAGUCUCAAAAACAAGUCCUGUCUAUUCUUUAUUAAAAUUAACUGUCAAUACAAUUUCAUUAUACAUUUAUUCAAGUGAACAUAUUACAGAGAUUAGAUUACCACAAGGUUUAAAAAUGCAUUCAAAUUCAUUAAUUGAUCAAUUAUCAAAUAGUAAAAUGGUUUUUGAAAUACCUGAAGUUUCUUUUAAACUUUUAGUACCAUUUUCAAAAUCAAAACAAAAUAAGAAAAAUAAAAAUAAUAAUAAUAAUAAUAAUAAUAAUAAUAAUAAUAAUAAUAAUAAUAAUAAUAAUAAUAAUAAUAUUAAUAAUGAUAAUAAUAAUAAUAAUAAUAUUGAAAAUAUUGAAAAUAAUAUUUAUAAUAAUUUUAAUUAUUUUGAACCAUUAUCAUCAACAUCUAAAAAGAGUGGUAAUAAAAAAUGGGCAGAAGUUGGUGAAUUAAAAGCUGCAUGUAAUAUUUCAAUGUAUAAUAAAGAACCAAAUUGGAGAAUUGAAUCAGAGAAACAACGUAGAUUCUUAGAAAUUCAUGAUAGUGAAAGUAAAUUUUUAGCAUUCCUUUGGGAGGAUGAAGAAACUUUUCAAGAACUUUAUGAACAAACUAUUUUAGAACAACAACAAUUAAUUAAAAAACAUAAUUUUAAUAGAGGUGGUGGAAGUAGUAGUACAAUUGGUUUAAAUAAUAGUUUUCGUGUUAAUAAAAGUGGUGGUGCAAGUAAAGAUCCUUCUUAUUUAUUUUCACCAAUUGGUAUUGGAAGUGUUUCAUCAAUAUUAAAUAAUAAUAAUAAUAAUAAUAAUAACAAUAGUGGUAAUACACCAAUUUCAGCAUCAAAAAGUAAUAGUUUUUUAUUUCCAAUUGGUAAUUCAAAUCAUAUUCUAAAAUGGACAAAUUCAUCACCAAUGAAUGGUUAUGAUUUAUUUGCUGCAUCAACUGCAAAUCUCGUUAAAAAUUCAAAAUCAACACUUGAUAUUAGUGGUUAUUUAAAUGAAGAAGAUGAAAUUGAUUAUAAUAAUAAUAAUAGUAAUGAUGAUAAUGAUUCAAUUUCAUCAGGUUUUGAAGAAAGAUUAGAUAAUAAUAAAAAUAAUAAUAAAGAUGAAGAAGAAGAGGAUGAUGAUUAUGAAGAUGAAGAUGAUGAUGAGGAUGAUGUUUUUCAAACACCAGAAUCAUCAUUACAUACAGGAAAUCAAUCUAGUAGUGAAGGUGAAGGUGAGAGUGAUAGUGAUGAUCAAUAUAAAGAUUUGGAUCAAUCUGAUAAACUUUAUAUAACUGCAAAAUCAUCAAAUUCUUUCCAAAGAAAAGAAUCAGUUUACUUAUCACCAAUUAAUGUUAGUAUAAAUAAUAGUCCACAACCUAAUACUACUUCAACAUCUACUACCCAAAUUAAUCCACCCCCAUCAACUGUAAAUAAAACAACGACAACAACAACAACACCUGCUCCAGGUAGUUCAUUUUAUAAUAGUAAUCCAAGUUAUAAUCCAUUAAAAGUUUCAUCGAGUACAAAUAAUUUAAAGAAUAUAUUAAAAGGAAAAGGUGGAAGUUUUAUUAAUAUAAAUAAUAAUAAUAAUAAUCAACAACAACAGUUUUAUAAUGGUCUUAAUAAUAGUGGUGGAUUAAGUAAUAGUGGUGGAAUUAAUAAUACUCAAAUUAAUCCUCAUAUAGUUUAUCUUAGAAAUUAUCUUAGAACUUAUUUCUUUAAUUUAUCACAAGCUAGAAUGGCAGCAUUUGGUUCAAGUAGUAAACAAUCUUCAUUUGUUGAGUGUACUCCAUCUGCAACUUCAAAUAAUGCAUCAUUAAAGAAACAACAACAACAAACUCCACAAACUCCACAAACUCCACUAAACGUACCAUAUAGUAGUAGUGUAAAUGUUUGUAAUGGUGGUAUUGAAAGUGUAAAUCAAAAUCAAAAUGGAGAUAAUCCACAUGAAUCUUUACAUUCAAUUUCAAAUGAAAUAGAAUCAUCCUAUAUAAAUUAUUUAACUGGUGAUAAUUUAAAUUCUUCAAAAAUACCAAUAAUUCCAAAGAGAUCAAAAACUAAAAGAUUAAUAAUUGGUAAAGAAAUUCCAAAACAUCAUUAUACAAAUAAUGAGGAUGAUAUUGGUGGUGUUGUUGGUGGUGAAUAUAAUGAAGCAGCUGCUAAUGAUGUUGGUGCAGGUGGAGUUGAAGAAGAAGAAGAACAACACCAACAAAAUCAAUUUCCACAUGAUCAUAAAAAUGAAAAUAGUAAUUGUAAAGAUCAUCAAUGCCUUUAUGGUCAAGAUACAGCUACAACAACCAUAUUCAUUGAUAGUAUGAGAGAUAUUGAAUUAUUUGCAACACCAGUUAUUUUAAAUAUUUUAGAAGAGUUGGUAGAAUCAUUCAUUGCAAAGGAUCCAUCAAUUGAUUAUAUGCUGGAUUAUUUCCAACUUCAUACGAUUUCAGCACAAUUUCAAGUUAAAAAAUAUUUACAUAAUCAACUUCGUUUAAAUAUUUUCCUUGGUAAAUUUAAUCUUAGUUGGAUUCAAUCAAUUAUUAUUACACCAACACCUUCAAAAAAUAAUAAUAAUAAUAAUAAUAAUAAUAAUAAUAAUAAUAAUAAUGAAAAUAAUCCUUCCAAUAUCACAAAUACAACAAGACAAAGAAGUAAUAGUAGUGCAAAGAAAUUAAAGAAUAAUGUUGAAUUGUAUACAACUGAAAUUCAAGUUGAAUCAUUUACUUUACAUUUAAGUUCUUGUACAAAACAAUCUGGUGUAAAUGUAUUAAAAGAUAGUAGUGAUGGUAUUGGUAAUAGUGGUAGUUUUAGUAUGGCAAGUGGUGGUAAUAAUAGUAGUAAUGAACAUAUUGAUAAAUUACCAAAAGAUGAAUUUUGUUUAUUAGAAACAAAAUGUAAAAUUAAAUCAUUACAUGGUUGUGUUAGAUAUCAUAAUGAUGAAAUUACAAAUAAUAAUUCAACAACAAAGAAAUUUAAUCAAAAAAAUAAUAAUAUAAAUAAUUUAAAGAAUAGUAAUAAUAUUAAAAAGAAUGAAAAUCAAACAAUUGAAAAUGAACAACCACAAGAAGAUGAAGAUGAAAGUAAUAAUAUUAAUUAUUAUUCAAUUCCUAAUCAAAUCUUAUCAAAAUAUCAUAGUAAAUCAUUUAAUAAUCAAAUUAUAAUUGCAUCAGUUUCAACUGAUGGUAUAAAAGUUAAAGGCAUAAUUAUGGAUGAAGAGGAUAAAAUUUCAAAUGGUGAUUUUAAAUUGAAUUUAGGUGUACUUUCAAUUUAUUUCACACCAAAUUCACCAGCAAUCUUAUUUAGAGUGGUUGAUACUUGGAUUGUACAUAUUUCAUCAUUAAUGUCUGUAUUUGGUAGAUAUAGAGAAUUAUGGACUCGUCGUAUGCAAACUUUAAUCGCUGAAUUAUUAAAAUCAAAAUCAAGGUCUUUAACAAAUUAUUCACCAAUCAAUGGUGUUAUUAAUAUGGCUAAUAAUAGUAAUACUGUAAAUAGUAAUGUACUUUCAAGUGGUAAUUUAGGUAAUAAAUUAACAAAUGCAACUACAACAACAACAACAACAAAUCAAAAUGAUAAAUUAUUAUUAAAUUUCAUUUCACCAGAUUUUAAAGAGAUCAUUGGAGAUGAAGCAAUUAUUCAUAGACAAGGUUGGGAGGAUAUUUCAAAGAUGAGACAUUUUAUGAAAUUAUCAGAACGUCCAUUAUUAGAUGAAAUCGUUGGGUCAGUAUCAUUAGAGGAUGAUCAUGAUUCUUAUAAAUUCUUUCAAGAGUUAAUUAAUGAAAUCUAUGAAACCGAUCAAGGUGGUGAAUUAAUUCAAUUAUUCCAAAGUCCAUUAAUUAAAAAAGCUUUCAUCUCUGAACCUGGUAAAAAUUAUAAAAUUGAUUAUAAUUUACAAUUUUGUUUUAAUGGUUUUCAAUUAACUGUUGUUAGUGAUAAUACAAAAAUGAAUAAUUUACAUAAUAAUAGUCAUCAUCAUCAUUCUCGAGAAAAUAAUAAAACUACAAAUUCAACAACCUCAACAACAACAACCCCAAUUUCAGUUACACCAAUUAAUAAACAAUCUCCAAUAAAUAUACCACAAACAUCAACAUCAUCAUCUCAACAACAACAAAAUUCAACAACAUCACCAAAUUUACCACAAAGUAAUAUUGAAAAUAAUAAUAAUAUAAAUCAAUUAGCAAUUGGUAAAGUUGUUGGUGGUGCAAUUGCAAAUUAUUGUUAUGAAUCAACAAGUAUAGAUGGAAUGGGUUUAUCAACAAAGAAUUUACAUCCAAAGACAACAUUGGAUAUAGAUUUCUUGACAUAUUGUAAACAAGUUUCAUUAAGAAUUUCCCCAGAUUUAAUUUCAUUCAUUCAAAAUACUAUUAAAGUAGUAGAAAUCUCUGAAGUAGAUGUAUUAAAAGGUGAAGAGUUAAUUCUUGGUUCUCAUGAACCUUGGAAAGAAGCUGUUAAACCUUCAACAAGUAGAGAUUUUGGUACUAAUAGUAAUCUAAAUUCACCAUUAAAUCAAGGUUUAAAUAAUAAUAGUAAUAAUGUUAAUAAUAAUAAACUAUCACCAACAAUGUUACCAACAAUUAGUGAACAGAAAAAUGAUGAAUUAGGAGUUGAUGGUGAUUGUGAAGAUCUAGUUGGUGAAAAUGGUAUACCAAUGAUUAAUUUACAACAAAAUCCAUCAAAUCAUCAUGGAAAAGGUGGUUCUUCUCCAAAUUUAUCUUCAAUAACUAGAAAUGCAAAAUUAUUACAACUUCAACAAGAACAACAACAACAAAUGGAAAUGUUAAUGAUUCAACAACAACAACAACAAAAACAAGAACAAAAUGAUUUUGGUGCAACUAGUAUGGGAUCAGGUAAAUCGUCAACAUCAAAGAAAACUUAUUAUUCAUCAAGUAAUCAACAACGUAAAGAGAAAAAUAGAAAACAAUUACAAAAUGGUCAAAGUGGUUACUUUAUUGUGACUGCACAUGGUCAUUUCUCAUUUGAAGAGAUUCAUUGUAGAGCAUUUUCAAAAGAUAAUGGUACAUUAAGAAUGGUUUUAAAGAAUUUAUCAUUUGUAUUUAAUGAAUUUGGUAAAAGUAAUAGUGGUAAUGGUAGUAAUAAUAAUAACAAUAAUAGUAAUAAUAAUGGUGAUGGAAUUUCACGUCCAAAUGGUGACUAUAUUCAAAUGAUUCAUUCUUGUAUUUUCUCAAUUCCAAGUAUUGAAUUACAUUUAUUAGAUCAUCAUUCAACUGAUGCAAUGAAACCAAUUUUCGGAUUAAGUUUAAAGAAUCUUGGUUUUAAUGAAGUUUUAUUUAAAGUUGGUAAAAAGAAAACUAGAUUAAUUCAAUCAACUGGUAAACGUGAAGAGUAUAUUGAUUUCUCAUUAAAAUAUGAUUUGUUUUUAACAUUCUCACAAGCAAUAUUACCAUUUAAAAUGUCUCAUCAAUUCUUACCAAAAUUAAGAGGUUUCCUUAAAGAAUGGACACCUGUAAGUUCAAAGAAACAAGAACAACAACAGCAACAGCAACAACAACAACAAAAUCAACCAAUCUCAUUAAGUGAUAUUAAAUUCCCACCAAUUAGACUUAAAUUAGAUCUUUAUGAUAUUAUGAUUAGUACAGAUGCAAUUUCAUCAUUACCUGUUAAAUAUAAUAUUUCUAGAAUCACUGCAUCACUUAGUCAAUUCUCUCAUUAUGAUUUUGAAUUUAAUGUUCAAUUACAUCAACAUCAAAUUACAUUUGUUAAACCAUUAUCAGUUUCAACAACUUCAACUUGUUCAACUUCUCAAUAUAGCAAUACAAAUAGUAAUAAUAAUAAUAAUAAUAAUAAUGGUGGUGGUAAUAUUGGAUUAACUAAAGAACCAUUUAAUUUCCCAAGAAUUAAAUCAUUUGGAUCAAUUAAAAAUAAACCAAGUAAAGAUAGAAUCGAUUUAAUGGCAAAUUUAGAGAUUGGAUAUAUUCAAAAUAUUCUAUCAAUUGAAUUACUUCAAAAUAUUUUAGUAUUAAGAACAACACUUUCAAAAGAGAUUGAUGAAUUAUUGAAUGCUUAUAUUUCAUUUGCUGAAAAGAAAUCUGAUGAAAAUGUUCAAUCUGAUAAACCACCACAACCACCUUCAAUACUUUCAAAGAUUAAAUAUAAUUGUAGUUUAGUUUUACUAGGUUUCGAAUUAUUAUUUUUAAAUAAUAGUAGUGCUUCUUUAUUAUUAUCUUCUGGUGUAAUUGAUUUAAGAGUAAUUUAUCAUCAACAACAACAACAACAACAAUUAUCAUCAACAAAUAAUAAAAAUAAUUUAUUAGUAGCUCCAUUACCACCAAUUGGUGGUAAUAGAUUAGGUAAAUCAAUAAAUGGUACGAAUAAACGUUUAAAUUCAUUAGCAAACACUCAACAGCAACAACAACAACAAGAACAACAAAGUAAUGAAACACUAUUAACAUGGAAAGUUGGAUUUAGAGAUUUAUCAAUGAUUUUAUCAGAUCCAACAUUAAAAUUAAAUGGUGAUACUAAACAUCAUGGUUUUUCAAGAAUUCAAAAUCUUAAAUCUCAAAUUUGGGCUGGUAUUGUCACUGAUAUUAGUUUACAAAGUUAUCCAUUCAAUAGAUUUAAUUAUGGUGGAGUUAAUAGUAGUAGUAAUAAUAAUAGUAAAGGUUCAUCAAUUAAUUUAGUUGGUGGUGGUAGUGGUAGUGGUGGAAGUAAAUCAACAAGUAUCUUUGAAAAAGCAUGGGUUUUAAUAAAUAAAACAAUGAUAACAUUACAACCAUGGGCAAUUGAUAAAGCAACUGAUCUUUGGAUUUAUUAUUUUAACUCCUAUCAAAAAACUCAAUCAAAAUUGGCUAAAAUAUCAUUAACAAAACGUAAACAAGCUGUAACUAGAGCAUUAAAUACAAUUCCAUCAACAAUUCCAAUUAAAGAAUCAAAUUUAUCAUUACAUAUUAAAAUUAUUGAUACAAAUAUUUGUAUACCAUUAUUAUUAUCAGAUAAUAAUAAUAACAAUAAUAAUAAUGUUUCAGGUUUAAAUGUUGGUAGUAUUGGUAGUGCAAACUUUAAACAACCUGAAACUUGUUCAGCAAUGGUUAUUUCGUUAGCAACUUUUACAUUAUAUGGUGUUGCAAUUAAAAAUCAAAAAGAUUUAAAGAAAUUAGAAUUUACAACAACAACAACUAUAAAGAAACCAACUUUAUCAACACCAAAAAAUAUUGAAGAUGAUGAAAAAUUAAUUAAAGUUUUAGGUAAUUGUAAAUUCUCAAAGUUUUCAUUCCAAUUUGUUGAUAAUUAUCAUCCAUCAAAAUUACAUUCAAUUCAAUUAUUACCAUCGAUUAAUAGAGGAAUAAUUGAUUCUGGUGAUUGUCAAGUCACUGGUUUAUUCUCUUCUCAUAAUGUAAAACUAUUUGUAAAUUUAAAUACAACUGGUUUAUUUUUACAUUUAGAUACAAAUCUUAUGUAUUACAUCGUUCAAUUCCAAGAUUUACUUUUCUUGGGUCAAGAAAAAAUUAAAAAGAUUAAUUUAGAAGAACAACAAAAAUUAAAAGAACAACAGCAACAACAACAACAACAGCAACAGCAACAACAAAAUAAUACAUCACCAACAAAUAAAGGUAUUGGAUCAACAAAGAAAUCAUCAACAUCUCAACCACAACCACAACAAUCACCAGAAUAUAGAUUAGAGAUUGAUUUUACAUUAAAAACAUCAGUUGGUGAAGCUAUUUUAACAAAAGCAAAUAAUAAUAAUGUAGAUAAUGAUAAUGAUCUUAACCCACCAUCAUUAUAUUCUAGUUUCGAUCAAAAAGGUGGAUCUCCAUUCACCAAUAGUAAUAAUGCAAAAGAGAAUGGUGAUGAUCAAUUUCAAGAAUGUUUCCAAAUUCCACAAAUUUCAAUAUCUGCUAGUCAUAUAUUAGUUCCAAAAACAACAACAUCCUCAAGUAGUAAUAAUCCAAUUAAUAAUAAUAAUAAUAAUAAUAAUAAUAAUGUUGGAUCUAAUAGUGGUAGUAAUAAUAAUAUUAAUAGUAUAAGUGGUAAAACUAAAUCAGAAACAAAUAUAUUAUUAGUAUUAGAUUCACAUGAAAUUAAAUUUACCCCAUUCUUUACAAAUUUCUUAACCGAUACUGUAAAGAAUACACCAGAAUCAUCAAUGUCACAUCAAUAUAGCCAAGAAGCUGAUAGUUCAAAUUUACAUGGUAUUUCAAACAACAAUAAUAAUGAUGAAUCAUCAGUAAAAACAACACCAGGUUCUACAACAUUUACAAUUCGUAUUAAUCCAACUAAAUUUAUAUUAAGUGGUGGAUUUGAUUGUCCAACACUGGCAAUGUUAGAGAUUGGUACAUUGGAUAUAUUUUUAUCAAAUAUUAUAAAGAAUACAACUUCAAAUAGUAAUAAGAGAAUUCUUUUAAUGAAUGGUACUUUAUACCUUAGUAGUCUAUUAUUUAAGAUUGUACAUAGUUCUUCAUCAAAUUAUAUCAAUGAACAAAGAUUAGGCUUUGAAGUUAAUAGUAUAAAAGGUAAUGUCGGUAUAGCUCAUGGUAUCACUACAAGUCCAUUAAUUUCAAUUUUAUUAAAUGGUGAUAAUUCUCGUGGUUAUUUCAAUGUUAAACAUUUAGAUGAAGUUUUACAAUUUAUUAAUCAAUGGUUACCUUCAAAACCAUCAUCAUCAUCAUCAUCACAACAACAUGUUGAUAAUGAUGGUAAUUUAAUUGAAAAGAAUGUAAACAUUUCACCAAUGCCAAAUAGAAAACACCAACAACUACAAGAACAAGAAGAGAAUAAAAAGAAAAUUAAGUCACAAUUUUAUGUGAAUUUAAAGAUGACAUCAUUUGGAUUAGAUUUAGAUUUCUUACCAAUUAGUAGAUUUAAUUUACAAAUUGAUAAUAUUGGUGGCAUUUAUUCACCAUCAUCAGAGAUUGAAGAAUAUCAAAAUAAUUUCAAGAGAAUUUAUCCACAACUUGAUCAAUCACAUCAAAAUGAUUUAUUCUUUUUAACAUGUUAUACAGGACCAAUUAAAAUCUCUGCCAAUGGUAAAUUGGAAGGUAAUUUCAAAUUGGAUGGUAUUGUAGUAUGUGGUGAAAGAAAACUUUAUCAAUUAGUGAAUUAUGUAAAUAUGUGGACUUUCCAAAUGUCACCAAUUAAAAUUUCAUUUGAUUUUAAUCAAUCUGAAAUUAUGGAUUUACAAUCUGGUGAUUUCUCAAUAAGAUUUUCAGAUUUACCAAUUAAUACAAGUGAAAUUAAUAAUAAUAAUAACAAUGAUCGUAAUAUUAAUUGUGAAGUAUCAUAUUCAAUGUUACAAUUAUUAUUAUCUUGUGAAACUAUUACUUCAAUUUUAGAUAUUGUUAAAAGAAUUAAUGAAAUCAUUUCUGAUAAAAUUAAAUCUGCAAAAUAUAAUAUUUUAAAUUCAAAUGUUACAAAUAAUUUAUUUAAAACAAAAUCAACAAAACCACCACAAACUAAUAAUAGUAAUAAUAAUUCCACAAUGGUAACAAAGAAACAAACAAAAUCAAAAAUUUCAAUUGGUCAAAUUAAAAUUAAAGGAUCAAACUUUAGAGUAUUAUUAUUUGGUUAUAGUUUUAAAGAUCCAACUUGGUUUAGUGUUAGUUUAGAAUCUUAUCAAGUUGUUUUAGAUCAAUCUAGAAAGAAGAAUGAUGAAAUUCAUAGACAAAUUUCAAUUUUAUUAGGUCAAAGUUUUGUUUCUAAAAUGACUGAAAAUUUAACAGCUGCUUCAGAUUCAAACGGUGGUGGUGGUGGUAGUGGUAGUCGUAAACAUAGAGAAUGGGAAAUGAGAAAUCAUUUCUCAAGAUUAGCAUCUGAAACUAUAAUCAUUAAAAUUCCAGUUUCAAGUUUAAUUAUGUAUUCAACAGAGAGAACCAAUUCAGCUGUGGAAUAUUAUUAUCUCACUGAAUUCACUGAUAGUAUUGCUAUCUCUGUUAAUCUUGGUCUUUAUGCUGAUCUAAGAGAAAUGAUUCAAAUCUAUGUAAAAGUUUUAUCGGAUGCAACUGCAAAUUCACCAUCACCUUCUUCACCUUCUUCUCCAACAAUCACUGGUUUGUCACAUUCUCAAAUAAUUAAUCAUCAAAAUCAUAAUCAACAUCAUAAUUUAUCAAAAAGUUUACAACAAACUAAUAAUCUAUUAAAUGAUGAUAAUAAUAAUAAUAAUUUAGAAAGUCAUAGUAAUGUUGAAACCAAUAAUCAUCAUAUUCCUCAUCAUCAUCAUUUUGAUGAUAAUACAAGUCAAACAUCAAAUUCAACAACUACUCGUUAUGGUCCAAAUACAAAGACAAGAAAAGAUUUAAAGACUGGUCGUAUCUUUGUUGAAAAGAAAUUCCAAUUAUCACCAACUUUAAAUGUAUUGGGUGAAUUCACACCAAAGAUUACUACUGUAUUUGGUUGGUUAGGUAUUAAAGAUAUUAAUUAUACUAUUCCAUUUUACACUCAUACUGGUUUAACUGAUAAUUUAGAAAUCAUCUUAAAUCAAUUCUUAUCUUUCUCUAUUGCCCUUAAUAAAAAUAAUCAAUUAAUAACUCAACCAAUUAAUAAUAAUAAAAAUAAUAAUAAUAAUAAUAAUAAUAAUAAUAAAAAUAAUAAUAAUAAUAAUAAUAAUAAUAAUAAUAAUAAUAAUAAUAAUAAUAAUAAUAAUAAUAAUAAUAAUAAUAAUAAUAAUAAUAAUAAUAAUAAGACUGGAAAAUCAAGUAAUAAUAAUAAUAAUGACUAUACCAAUAGAAAUAAAAAAUAA